AUGGCUUGGAAAGAGGUUGGGAUCUUUUGGUGGGUCUUGCCACUCUUGGCAUUGGCCCAUACCGAAAGUGUGACGCAACAAUGCGACAGCUGUUGUUCUGGGUUGAACCCAACUCAAGACUAUUGCAAGUUUUGCCCAGAGGAGAAGCACAAGAAGGACAAGUGUGAGGCAUCUCACCAUCUGAGGAAACAUAAGAAGAAAAGUUGCCUUGUGAUCACUUCGGAGAGCCAAUGCUGGAGUGCGGUUUGUCCUUGUGCCAUGAGCAAUUAUGUGGGCAGCAUCGCGCACAAAAUCAAGCACAAGAAUAAGGAUGAAGCGGUGAAGAUACCCCUGGUGACGCCCUAUCCUGUCUACGGUGGCGGCGAGACCGGCAUUUUUGAUCUCGCAACUGGUUCUCCAUUGAGUUCUUCAAGACAGGGUGGACCAGCUACCGGAGUGAAGAUCGGUGCUGCUGGGGAUUGGGGUAGUGGGACCUGCGAGGCCAACACGGUUGCCAACUUGAUGUCUCAAGACACCCCAGACCUCACGUUUCACUUGGGAGAUGUCUAUUUUGUGGGUGAUCAAGAGGACUUUCACUACAAUGUCAUGGGUAUUGAUCCUCCAUCCUACCGUCAACAGAAAGGCGUGCUCUUUCCGAAAGGAUCUCACACCACUUUCCUCAUGGCUGGCAAUCACGAGCAAAUCAGUGGCAUGAAUGGCUUGGUUUAUGCCGGCUACAAAUACUCAGGUCAAAAAGCAAACUUUGGUGCCUGGUUUAGUGACCAUUGGCGCUUCAUCGCCCUUGACACUGGCUACCUUUGCAUGCCUACACGUCCUGACGGUGAACGGAUUUUGGGCAAAGAAACGCCUGCACCCCUGCCAAAUGAAGUGGUGGAGUGGCUCAAGACCACGUUGAGUUUGGGUGAUCCUACCGAUAAACGUGGGAUUGUGCUGAUGAGCCAUCAUUUUCCCUACAGUGAUUUUGAGAAGGCUUACCUUGGAGCUGCUCAACAGCUAAAUGACAUUUUGCCCGAGGACCGAACAAUUGUUUGGUUUUUCGGCCAUGAGCAUCGUUUUGCACUGUAUGAGAAGCUGAAGAUCAAGGCCAACCACGAGAACUCGCGCUUGCUUGGGCAUGCUAAGCACUUCACCUCCAAGUAUGCCUUGUAUGGUCGCAUGGUGGGGAAUGGUGGCUAUCGAAUUCAUCCAGAAGCACCCAAGCGCCACAAGAAGAAUUUGAAGAUCAAAGCCUGGGAUAUGCGCACAUAUCAAGAGAUUCCCCAUGAUCAGAAAUUGGGAUUCAAUGGCUACUUCAAGGUUUUGGUGAACGGUGACCAGCUUUUGGUCACCUAUGUUUCAGCCAAAUGCAAGGAUCCGUCGGCAGGUGGUUGCAAUGCCGGUUACAACUUCACACAUGGAGAAGUCUCGGCCAAUGAGACCAUCACUGUCCAACUGGAUAGCGGGAACUUGACCCAGGAAUGGCAUUAUGUGAAUACGGACAUCCUCAGCACAACGGGUGCCGCCACAGGCACCGAGGAUCUCUGUGCUACUCCAAUUCCAUGGGACGCAGAUCCCACGAAGCAAGGGGUGAUUUACAAUUCUGAGCACACCAGCAUGGACUGA